UGCAAACUGCGAAGCACAGUUUAGUUGAAUGGAAUUGUAAUGAAGUAAAAAGUUUGUGAAGGAAUGUGCGAUAUCUUUCGCGUUGUGUUUCGCCCCGUAAGCAAAAAAACGAGCACAACGGGACAGUGCAGCAUAGAAGAGUGAAAAAUCUAAUACAUACCAUCUUUGGAGAGCAAGGCGAGCAACAGCACCAGUUGUCCGUUUAGUGUAUUAUCUGCAUCGGUAUUUAGACUUCAAGUGCAUUCCGUCACUGCUGUAGUAUUCCUGUUUUGGAUAACAUAACACCAUAGAAAAAUGAACGAAAAUCUUUUGAAAAUAUGUCGGAUAUGUCUUACCGAGGGUUCUCGGCACAUAUUUCAAAAAUCAGUUCGCCCUGACGCCCUGUAUAAUGUUUCGUCACUGAACCGAAUUUCGGAAAAGCUGCGCUACGUAACACUGUUGAAGAUCGAUGAAGCGGAAAACCUUCCUCCGAUGAUAUGUGAUUUGUGCAUUGUUCAGCUGAAUGUGGCCUAUAACUUCAAGCGACAGGCUACUGAAUCCGAUACCAAGUUGCGCCAAUAUUUGAUCGAGAACGGAAUCGACAUCAUGAAGGAUCCACUCUCCUUUCAGAGCAAUCGAGUUUCGAAUGCGCCAGUUACCGGACGGGCCAUUGAGUCCAACCGCGUCAAUCAGAGGGUUAAUUCAGUUUCGUCUUCGGUGCUAGAGGUUUCCGCUAACCAAACUAUACCCACGGUACCAACGGAGGAAACUCGUCUGUUGCCAAUACGAAUUAAAGUGGAAAAUUCCGAUACUGUUGAGCAGUUAUCGAACUCAACCAUUUCACCAUUAAGCACGGUUACAAUAAAUGCUCAAGCUAAUGACAAUUUAAGAACGGCGGCUGCAACUUGUGGGAAUUCCGCAGAAAAACAAGUUGUUGAUUCAUCUCCAUCUUCGAGCAAAGGAAGUUUUGCUUCCAGUGGACGCGAUAGUACUAUGGUCGUGGUUGACAGUCGCAAUGUAAGCCAGCAAGGCGAUGAAGAUUACGUUCAAGCAUUCUUGGGUUCAACUAGUACCGUCGAUUCUUGCGAAUCAAAAGUAUUAGGUCCUGUGAAUGAAAACUGUAAGGAUGCCAAGGAAACAUCUGAAGAUGAUAAAAAAGUUCUCCUAAUCGAGUCCUCCGAAGAUGGAAAUAAUCAGAAUCCUAAAUGCAAACCAUCGAAACGAAUGCAGAGUAUACUGUCCCAGCUUACCAUCGAUAUGGUCAAUGGAGCUCUAUUUCCCAAAUCUAAACUCCGUGCCAAUGCUAGAAACAAACAACAGGAAGACAAGAUCAAACAGAAGAAACCAGAAGUGGCAAAUCUGUCCUAUCCCGCAACCCGCCGGCAUUCGUUGGAACUGUUUCCACGCAUUGGCAGUGAAAAAAAGAAAACCAAUUUUCUGGUGCUAGCACAAAGCCCCUCAAGUCGAAAGAGACUUUCCGAUUCCAGCUUAAUCAGUCCCAGCAAGCUGCGGUCCUUGCGGGAAAAGAUUCGCGAGGAACGCGGUAAGCGACAGGAACAUGCGACGACAGGUGGUGCUGGUGCUGACCAUACCGGUGAAAGUGACUCGAAACGACGACGAAAUGCUACCCCGUCGUUCAGGUCUUGGGUAUCGUCCGGUUCGAGUGCCGACAAGGUGCGGCUGUCAUGAGUAAGGGUGAAAAGAGAACCGUGCUGUUAGGAAAGGGGAGCUUGAAAAACAAAACAUUACGAUGACAUUUUGCUGACAUUAAAUGAACAGUUUAUACCUAAUAGUUUUUCCACUAGGGAAGCCGUAGAAAUUGUACAGUGAAAAAUGCACCUGUUUAAACAUAUCGAAACCGAUGAGAAGCUGUAGGUUGUAGUGGUUGAAACACUUUCUUAUUAAGAAAAAUGUAUGACAUUAAUUCUAGUUGUAGUUGGAAUCAACAAAAAAAUAUUUUGUUUUGGAUAUAUUUAAGUUUGUGCCUUGGCAAAAAUACCAUGAAAAUUUCUUGAAAACUUUUUAGAAUACGCUAUACCUGAUAGGUAUGUAGUUGUUAAGAUGAGCUAUUUGAACUGAAAAUAUUGCUUAUUUCACAUUAUUUAUUUGAGUUUAACUAUCUGUCCUUAGACAGCAUAGCAAUUAUAACAUAGAAUUGUAAAUCAUAAGUAGUAAACAGUACAUUUAAAAUAAAGAUCGUUUAACAUUCUGCAUCCGUCUUGUUUACUGGUACUGUAUUAGAUUUUAGCUUUAAUUUUAAGACAUUAUUUCUCAGUUAAACAUUUUAAAGUUAUAGUCAACUGUUUUACAAAUUAUGCUGUAUGGAGACGGAUGGCUAGUUGUUUGUAAUUAGUGGAGACACACGGUUGGUUGUGAAGUUUGUCGGAGCAAAGGCGGUACAUUUCGUUUCCAGAAUUUGAGCUUCUGUUCGACAGACUUCGCAGCCAGUUGUUAGUGUGUAGGACUAAAAUUGUUUCAAAGGAUUUUAA